UAUCCGAUCAGCAGUCUGUGUUGAGUCGCUGCCGCAGAAAGGUGUACCGGAUCGAUUUCUUUCGCGUGUCUUUUCGCGUAUAAGCGUUGUUAGCUUCUAAGAGCCGUACAGCGGCUUACGUUUCGCCUGCCCUCGCGUGAAGCGCUGAGAACCGCAAAGUGCCGCCCGCUGUCUUACUGUGCAUCCAGUCCGUAACACCCGUCAGAUUCACUCACCAACUGAUCGAGCCGCACCGUAAUCAUUCCGAGCGUACAAUAUCUGCUUCAUUUUUUCUACAUUUCAUGCUAUCCAUUGUGAGUUAAGUUUCUGUACAUUUUCAUGGUUUGAUAGCUAGAUCAAUUCGCGUUGAAACCUCCUGGUCAAAUCAAUAUAUUCUGAAAUUGUGUCUGUUUUGGACAUUUCAGUUGUGCUUCCCGAAUUCCAUUCCAAAGCAGUGUAAGACAACGCGACUAAGUGUUUCGAUAUCAACUUAUUUUUAAACGAUAAUAGCGUAUAAAAGAAAUAGCAAUAAAAUAGUGCGAGAAUUUGAUGGCUACCGUUUAGACCAUAUCAAAACGAAAAAGUAUAAGAGUUUCAGUGCAGCAAAUAUAACAUCGAUUAUGUAACUCCGAUACUAACUGACGAGCAACUAUAGUCUAGAAGUGGUCGGUGAGUGCUCGUUAACUCGCUCAUAAAAGGUGCUCAAGGAGAACCACCGUACUCGAGAUGAAGCUCGUCAGCAUCGGUCUGACCAUACUGGUCGGACUUUGUAGCGCCUCCGUCUGCAAUGCAAAAGCGUCCCAUAAAGUGCUUUGUUCAGAAGACCUGAUGCGAGCCCACGUGGUGUUACCUGCGAACGAUUCCAAAACAACAGUUUACCUAGAGGGCAUGAAAGGCUAUCCUGACCCUAAGUGCAAACCCACAAUCAACGAUACCCUGGCCCAAUUUGAUCUGUCACUCGCUAACAUUUACGAGUGUGGUGUUACCAGGGUAGUCAAUAAACUUACUGGAAAAAAAGUUUUCUACCAUCGAAUCAUAAUCGAAGGAGACCAGCAGAGUGGUAAAGAAAUAAUAAGCGUCAAAUGUAUCACCAAUGGACCGGUCUACAAUGUUACUCAUGGAAUCGUCAAGCGUGAUGUUCUGCCGGCAGGAUUUCAGGAACCAGAAGAGCUCGAGAUUACCUCCAACAUAACAAAAACGGCUCCCGAGCCAUUGCUGAGCAUCGGUGUCCGUCAGGGUGAUCAGUUAGUGUCCGGUGAUUUAAACGUGAGUCCAGGCACGAACCUCCAGAUGGAAAUUUUUCUCGAUGAAAAGUCUGCUCCUAUUUACGGCCUUGGGGUAAACUACAUGCAAGUAACCGAUACUUUGUCACAAGAAGAAACAAUAAUUUUCAAUGGCUGCUCUGUUGAUCCAUAUCUAUUCGAAAAUUUUAAUACUGUGGAUGGUGAUUUACUGGUAGCAAAAUUUCGAGCCUUCAAGUUCCCAGAGUCAACCUACGUACAAUUUCGAGGAACCGUUAACGUAUGCGUAAACCGAUGCAAGGGAGUUACCUGCAGUAACGGUCAAACUGCAUACGGCCGAAAACGACGAGAAAUAAGUCAAAGUGCGAUCGAUCCGAACAAAGUAUAUGAAGUUACAAUGACCACUUUCAUAAAAGUUAAUUAUGAUGAAAAUGGUGAUAAAGGUGCCGCCUUUGAUAUAGAUCAGAAAUUUCGACAACUGAAACUAAAUAACCAAAAACUUGCCCGCAACAGUCGAGCCGGAAAUGUGUUCGAAAGUAUUCACGUGUCAAAAACGGCCGGAUCAAACCCCAGCGAGAAUGCUAAAGUAGAAGAAACGAUUCUCUUCACUAGGGAGAUAAUCACUCAGCCGGAAGACAACAUGGAUACCAGUGGCAGUAGCAGAAAACAUUCGGCAUGGGCUAGCAUAACCGUUGCUUUGCUACUGUGUUCAAAUACUUUCCUUUAAACUAACGAUUUCCUACUAACGAUCUCAAAAAUCCGGCUUUUUAAAAGUUUGAACAAUAGAAGUAUGCGAAGCAGACUGUCCUGAACUUUUUCGCGUGUGCGCUGACUCAAAACGUAUACUUUGUACGUCCGAUUUUUGAAAAUGAGUUUUAAGUUAAAUUAGAACUAUCUCGCUAGUUUCCGUAAUUUUACAGAAGACACAUUUAAGCAGGAACAAAAACUCACCAAAACAAUAUCAGCAUAUACAAAUGCUAACAAACAAAACAAUGAACUAGAAUUCAAAACCUAGCUAUUAAACUAAACAAAACAUUAAACAACGCGGAAGACUAAAACUAUGACGUGCAACUACUUGUAAAUACCUCGAUUCAUUGAUUCAUAGCAAUAUGGAUGAAAAGUUUACCUAUCUGUAAUCAAAUUUAGCAUUUUAUUGGGAGACAAAACUGCCGCAAAAUAUUUUAGUGACCCCAGAUUUUUAGCAAUCGUUUCAGUAGAAAUGCGAAUUUUACAAACAACAUGUGAUGAUAGAUCAAAACUGUACGUAUUCUCAAUGCUUUUCAAUGGAUUGGCGAUAGGAGCUUUUGAAAAUUUCAACAAAGUUUGGUAAAACAAUAAGCAAUGUAAGUUAUACUAGUCUAAUACAUGUAAAGCAAAUCAAGCGAUGGGGGUGUUAGUGUAAAAUUCACACAGCGCAGCAACAUGAUUUGAUUAAGCUUAGUAACAAAUAGAUUGAAUAAAACUCGAAUAUUCAAGAAAUCCAUCGAUAAGCGGGCCACGUGUGACACGUAAUUCAGACUGGAAGUUGGGAAUUUCGGUUACUUAUAGUUUUUUAUAGUAUCCAGUGUUAUACAAAACUAUAGUGUGCAAUUCUUUAUUUUUCUCACUUUAAUCCUCUUACUACCAACAACUUUUGAGGGCUUCCAAUUUUUCUCUCUUAUAUAAUUAUGAAAACAUAACAAAAAUAAUCUCGAAGAAAAUGUGAAAAAACUAACGUUUGAUUUUGAUUUGUUUCGAAGCCGAAACACAAUAUUACAGUAACUCAAAAGCCGGGUUUAUUGAAGUUGAAGUAAAACAAAAAUGAACAACUGAACUAAUAUGCGUAUUUUAUUGGAAAUAACGAAAUAAUUUUUUGGGUAUAAAAUUAUUAUAUGUUUUUAAAAUGUCUCGACAAAUGAUGAACAAUCGAUAACUAUCGAACUUAAUCAAACCUGAAUUCAGAAAUUUGACAUUCUACAUAUCAAAACAAGUAGCUUGACCAGGAAUAUAAACAAAAUGAUGAUUUCAAUGUAGUUGAUCCAUGCUCUGUGGAGCUGUCUAAACUGUCUCGUCAGAUCAAAGUCAAACAUGACCUUUUUUCUCUAUUUUUGUUGAUAGUCGUGUUACAGUUACUGGAAACAAGUAAUUCACAUGCGGCCCACUUAUUGCACGGACUAGGUAGAAUUAAGACUAUUGUAAAAUACUAAAUUUAUGUCGAUAAAACACUAACGAAGUCAA